CAGUACCUGUCUUGCAAGUAACCUGGAUUUUUAUUUACUUAUAUUUGUUUUCGUUUUUCCUGGUACGUUUUAAGAUUAUAUUAAAGAAAAAUGACUACUUUGAGAAGGUGUAAUGCGUGAUUCAAUACAGUGAUAAUUUACUGUUCAUUAUUCAAUGGCAACUGUUAAGAUUCCAGAGCAGAAAGUUAUUUUGUGUGGAGAAUUCGGAGUAGGAAAGAGUUCACUGUUCAGAAGAUAUGCUUUUAAUACAUUUGUUGCUUCAAAUAAUAGAAAAUCUACGUUAGGUCUUGACCACAUUAAUAAAGAAUAUUCUUCUGGUGGAAAACGAAUAAAAUUGCAGUUAUGGGAUACUGGAGGCAUGGAAAGGGUAGCUUCAAUUACCUCUAGUUACUAUAAAUUUGCUGAGGCAGCUAUACUUGUAUUUUCACUUGAUAACCCUGCGUCAUUCCAUGUCCUUUCACAGCACUUGUUAGAUGUCGUGACCUAUGCAGAAAAUGCUAAAAUCUUCCUUUGUGGGAACAAAUUCGAUCUUGUUGGGCAAGAUCCUCAGGUUACUGACGCUGAUAUGGAUAACUUUUGUGAGCAGUGUCAUAAUUUAAUCAGUGUGACCUACAAGACUUCUUGUAAAACCGGAGAAGGUGUAGAUGAAAUGUUUGCUGAUAUUGCUCAACAUCUAAUAACCUCAAAUCGAUCUAGAUUAGAACUGCAAGCCCUUGAGGAAUUAUCAUUCAAAGUGACUCCUCAAGAUGAACCUGCAGAUCCUACAUGUUUAUGUUAAGUAGCUUUAACUUGUUCGUUUGUGAUUAAUUUUACUAUAGUAUUCCUUAUUAAUCAUCGUUUAUGUAUUUUUAAUGCUCUCAUAAAGGAUAUUUAGUUGAUAUUAGCUUUUGAUGUAUAUUGCCCCAUUUUUUACCAGUUGAAUAUCCAAUGAAGGUAGAAAUUGAGAUAUAAAAUAUGUAAAUUUGAACUGCCCCUCGUACUAAUUAAUUAUAGGUCUAUUACGUGCAAGUGGUGUUUUUCUUUAAUUCCUGUAUUUAUAUAUGUAGGUAUCUAUAGUUGGUAAGACAUUUACUUAAUUCAUAUUUCAGUUGUUCUAGUUGAAUAUAUUUGUAAUGUUUUUUUUUUUACUUUUUUAAAAUAGAAUAUAACCAGGAACGGAUUUGUUGUACUACCCCUAUAGGUGUGGCAGAUAAUGACACCUCCUCUUAUUGUCACAAAAAAAUUGUUUAACAUUAUUUUUGCUUUAUUUUUCAUUUAACUAGUUUCUAUUCUUGUACUACUCAUUCAAAAAUUUAACCUUUGCUACGCUCUAAACAUUGCCAUCGCAGGCAAGGGCUUAGGUUGUUAAUUCAGAAAUGCGCCCCUUGAUAUAACUUUCUCAUGAUUAUAAUAUAUUGUGAUGGAACAUGGAGUGAUGUAACAGCAUUACUCUAAAUAAAUGGUAUUUUAAUCUGAAUGUAUAACAUCUCGAUCCUGUAACAUUUCUUGUAUAUUAUUUUAAAAUUUCCAUUUAAAUAUUAUUUAAAAUUUACUUUAGUUAUGUUCCUUUAGUUUAUCAUGUUGGUGCUCUUGAAUAUAUUUUUUCUUCUUACAUUCUGAUAUAAUAUCUCUGUACCGGAUAUUACAUGAUGAAUGAAAUUUAGGUUGUUUAAAAAAUCAUUUCAUUAAUAAUCUUGAACUCCAUUUAUUCAUGGUUAUGUUGGCCGACGGAUAUUAAGAUUGAUUUUUAUUUUUAGGUUAUUUUAGGUGUUCAUCUUUGAUUGAAUAUAAAAAAGUGAUUCUUAUAACUUUUUCAAUUGAUGAAUCCAUAUUCAACUGUAAAAUGUAAUUAUGGUGGAAAUUUGUAAUAUUAAACUGUAGAAUACAGCACAUAAAUUAUUUCACUGUAGAACUAUUUUUCCGUUUUGUUUGAAUUUAGGUGUGAAUGUGUAGUUUGUUUUUCCAUAAUGGUAUUUUAUUCCUGAGUUUUUAAUUUGCUCUAAAAAAUUUAAUUUCUCAAUCUAGUGAGUUUUUGGAUGUUUCGUUUUACUUGUUAUAUUGUCAUCUGAAGACUUGAAUUGAUUAUAACUUAGUUCCUUGACAGUUUCUUAAUAUGCCCAACAGAAAUAAAUGUUGCAUAAUUUUGUUUUUAUGUUUCAUUGUGCUGUUCAAGAAUUAUCUCUUCAUACCGUUGAUACAAAGUUAAAGUAACGAAUGUGCAACAUUAAACAGGCUGACAUUCAUUACUUUAACAUGGUGCCAACGAUAUCUUCAAUAACUUAAAAUAAAAAUUGUUAUUGUUAUUAGCUCUGAUUGUAGGUUUUUCCAAAUUAAGAUAUCACACCAUAACUUUCUAUGAAUCUUGAUCAUAACAAAAAAUUGUUUUUCAAUCAAUAUAAUGAGAAUUAAAAAGAAAUAUGAUCUCUGUUUAAUGAAUGCUUAAUGUGGUAUUUGGUAUCAGUUCUCAUUUGACUAAUUACUAUGACAGGGUGAUUUAGUGUUAUUUUAUUGUUUACUUGUGAGUGACUUUACUUCAAUCGUAAGUUUUUUUUUUGUUGUUAUGUUUAAUGAUAAGGAUGUUGAAACUAUGAUACUAAAAGCUGUCUCUAUAUGUGAGCAUUUUAUUGAAACAAUCAUAAUUCUUGUGAUUAUAAUUAUUCCAAAUAUAUUUUUUGUUAUGUAAUUUUCUAUUAUUAUAUGAUUGUUUUGUUUCCACGAAUAUUUAAAUUUUAUUGACUGAAUUGUUUAAAACAUAAGUUGAAUGUGACUAGAACCUAAGUUUAUAAAUCCUAUUGUAUAUACAUUAGUCAAUGUCAAAUGUAGCUUUAUUAUGGAUUAAUCUAGGAUUACAAUUAAUAAUCUUAGUGGUAUAUGUGUGUUUAAAUAAGAAUAAGUUAUAAAAAAUUUGUAAUGUAAGGGAUAAUUUUUCUCUCUCAAUAUUGCCAACUAUUCUAGUAACCUCUUUAAUAUCCAAGGUAUUUUUUAAUGCUUAUAAACAAUUUGAAUUAAAAAUAACUGGUAGUAGGAUUUUAAUUGUGAUGCUUAGUUGAUUCAUUCCAUUGAAAGGUCUAUAUUCUUGUGGUUUUAUACAUAUUCUAGGAUAUACAUAGUGAUCUCUGUUGGAUUUAAAAUAUUUUAGUUUAGAGGAUGAAAUUACUGAUUCUGCGUUUACAACGCGUAAAGUAGAUUUAUAUAUUGAUUUAAAUCAUAUUUUGUAAUGUAUAACAGGAGUCUCAUUUACUAUCACUUUUAUACUUAUGUAUAUGCCCUGUUUUUAAAACAUACUUUAUUGUAAUUUUAUUCACUUGAAACAGUUUUAACCCAACUCAAAAUUCCACUUAUUAUGAAAGAAUUAACUAAUUCUCCCUUCAUAAUUUUGUAUGUUAUCAUUUGUUACAUAAAGUACCCUAGUGUACUUAAUAAAGAUAUUACUUAUCUUGAAUGUUUCAACAUUUAUUGACUAAAUAUUAUGGCUAUUAUUCUGCUAUCUUAUGAUCCCCUUUUUUAUACAGACCAUUAAAGCAUUUAUUGAAUACUUAAGACGCAAAUGAGGUUAGUGCCAUUUAUGAUCUUUGCUAGAAGCAACAUGACUCAGUUUUACAGAAAAAACAAAUCUGUAGACCAAGGAAAUAGGUUAGUUAUGUUCAUGAUUGCAGCUUUUUAAGGGCUGUACACUUAAGUGUUAUGUAAAUCGUAUUUUUGAAAAAUAGAAAAAAAAUGGCAUUAUUGCAAUUUUAAUCUAACUUUACAAUUGGAGAUCAAUAAACAUAUUAAUUGACUAAUCACACUUCACUUACUACCUAUGAUUACAGAUUUAUCAUAUAUCACAAUGUAUUCUGUUAUUUUAAACCUUUUUCCUUUACUUGAAAAGUGUUGUAUAUGUAGGAUAUUCAACAUGAUGUUAAUUUUUUUUUUUCAAUUUGUAGGCACUUUCAUUGUUUACUUCUGACAGUAUUUAAUUAAUGAAUAAUAUAUAACGAAAAUAUAUUCUUCAAUUUUUAUUUCUGUUAUAAAUUUUGUAUUUUACAUUACUAAAAAUUAUUUUAUUUUAUUUUUUUAUGAAUAAUUCUUUAUUUGUUAACUGAUUUUAAACUGCGUGUUGUAAUGUA